AGAAUUUCCUAAUAAAGAUUGUUACCUCCGACGAGUCUGUUGAGGGCGUUUGGGAAUGUAAGCUGAUGGUGUUUUCGCUGUACUUCUUCUUCGAUUCGAAAUCGAGUGGCAAAUUGUUGGCACAGUUCUUCGAUUUCCUCAGGGAAGAGACUCUGAUUUGGCUGUAUGCAUUGUGCUCACUUUCCAUAAUACUGUCCACGAUACGUGGUUUGAAAAAAAAUGCACCAGAAAAUGGGCUGAUACAUCAUUUUACAACUUCACACUACCAAGGUAUCUACCUAGCCUAAGGCUGUCCAGUUCACUCUCUCUGAUAUAAAAUGUGAAUGCAUCAUAAUUACAAGUGAAUAAUCUUGGCUCUUUGUUGAUCAACUGACAACAUAAAAUUAGAAUAAAUACAUCAAUAGCAACAUUUCUUUUUUAUCUCUUUCUUCUUGAAAAGA